AUGUUUAUUCAUGACCCAUCAUCCAAUUCUACGCUUCAAGGGGAGAUACGAAGUGAAGAGAAGAAUUGGAGCAAUUUGGAAAACGAAGAAAUUCACCUUUGUAUAGAAACGAUUGAUUGUCCAAACCCAACGAUCGAUCGUCCCGAGUCUGGAGCACGAGAUCGCUUUCUGUUGAAAAGCGAUCAAUCCCCCAUUCACAGUGAUCCACCUGACUCGCCUGACCCCUGCGAAGAUGUUUCUAAUUCGAGUCCCGACAAUACAGAACAACGAGAAACGAUCAAUCGUCCCGAGUCUGGAGCACGAGAUCGCUCUUUGUUGAAAAGCGAUCAAUCCCCCAUUCACAGUGAUCCGCCUGACCCCUGCGAAGAUGUUUCUAAUUCGAGAACCACACUUACAUACAGUAUAGAACAACGAGAUGAAGACCCCAUUCUAACUCAACAGUACCAACGGACCAAUCUCCUGAGAAUAUCUUUGAGCAUCCUAAGCGAGUUCGCCGCCAACCAUAGUAGCACCAUCAGCUAA